AUGAAAUCCUUUAAAUUACAGCAGAUUCCAUCUACAGUAUAUAUUGUUUUGGUGCUUUAUAACUAGCAUGAGUUCACCAUCGUUAUUUGCUGAUGUUGAAUUGGCUGCCCCUGUUGUAGUUUUCCAGUUGACUGCUGACUACAACGCAGAUAAUGCAGAUAAGAAGAUCAACCUGGGCGUUGGAGCAUACAGAACUGAUGAAGGUGAACCAUGGGUGCUUCCAGUUGUUCGGUCAGUUGAAGCACAAAUGGCGAUCGAUCCAGCUUUAAACCACGAAUAUCUCCCAAUACUUGGCUUGCCAAGUUUCCGUGAAUUAGCAACUCAGCUGAUUCUUGGAAAAGACUCGCGUGCUAUUCUUGAAAACAGAGCAGGAGGCGUCCAAUCCAUCAGUGGAACCGGUGCAUUGAGAUUGGCUGCCGAGUUUCUCUACAGAUAUUACAACAAGCGUGAAAAGUCAACGCCUGUUUAUGUAUCGAGCCCAACGUGGGGCAACCAGACUGCAGUGUUUAAGAAUGCAGGAUUCACCGACAUGAGAACCUACAGAUACUGGGACGCUGAGGACCGUUGUUUGGAUUAUAAAGGCAUGCUUGAAGACAUGUUAAACGCACCAGAGUAUUCCAUCUUUAUCUUCCAUGGUUGCGCUCAUAACCCAACUGGUGUAGAUCCAACACAUGAACAAUGGCAAGGAAUAGCAAAGGCGUGCAAGGAGCGAAACAUCUUUCCAGUGUUAGACUGCGCAUACCAAGGAUUUGCAUCGGGCGAUCCAGAUGUGGAUGCUUACAGCGCGAGGAUGUUCGUAGAUCUUGGAUUCGAGGUCCUCAUCUGUCAAUCAUUCGCUAAGAAUUUCGGACUUUACAACGAACGUGUUGGCAACUUAACCAUGGUUAUGCAUGAUGCCCCAACAUUAUCAAGGUGCAAGUCACAAGUUGAGCUUAUCAUCCGAGCCAUGUAUUCCAACCCCCCACACCAUGGUGCUAGGGUGGUGGCUUCUACAUUAGCCAAUCCUGCAUUUAAACAAGAAUGGCUUGAUAACUUACAUACAAUGUCUUCUCGUAUCAAAGAGAUGAGACAACUCCUCCAUUCAAAGUUGAGAGCAAAGGGAACACCAGGGAACUGGGACCAUAUCAUCAACCAGAUUGGAAUGUUCAGUUUCACAGGACUCAAUGCAAGCCAAGUUCAGUACUUAAAGAAGCGGCAUAUUUAUCUUCUUUCAUCCGGUCGUAUUAACAUGUGUGGGCUUACCACAUCAAACAUGGAAUACUUUGUUGAUAAUGUACAUGAUGCUGUCACCAAUGUUAAGGAUGGGAAACUGUAAAGUGACAUAUGUACAUGUAUACUAGAGUGGGGUAAGAUGGGACACCUUUUUAUUCCGUUUUCUUGUCCCAUUUAGUAGUAAACAAAGAGAACAAUCAAAUAAUUAUAAAACCGUAUCCUCACAACUCCCAGAGACCGUUGGUGAUUGUUUAAAACAGGAUUAAGAUAUUUUGAUAUUAUGUGCUGAAGCCUGAAGGUGUCCCGUUUUCCCCCACCCUACUAUAUGUUCCAUAUACAACCUUCUGUAUAAUUGUAAGAGUGUCAAUCUUCAUUUUUGUAGUAAUUUUAAUAUUACCCAAGUGGUAUGUGCUGUAGGUGAUUUUAUUAGAUUUCUAUAAAUUCCCAAUAAUCGUGGAUUGUUUGUAUUGAAAUAAACAAAAUUCAACUCAA